CCCGCCCCUACCGAUGUCCCCUCUGCCGAUUCUCCAGCCUGCGGCCCGAGGGGCUGAGGAGGCACCUGGAGGGUCACUCAGCUCGGAGAGGGGGGGAGGAGGGGGGAGAGGAGGACCGGAGUUUGAGGCAAGACGGCAUCGAGAGAAGGGCAGCUGCCCGUCUCCCCGAGCUGGUUACGGAUCUUCUGGAGCUGCCGGCCCCUCCCCCCCUCCGCGGCACACGGCGUCCGGAUCAUCCGGAGCGGAGUGACGGCCUGAAGGAGCAGCAGAUGGAGCGUCUAGACCUGAAGGAGCAGCAGAUGGAGCGUCUAGACCUGAAGGAGCAGCAGAUGGAGCGUCUAGACCUGAAGGAGCAGCAGAUGGAGCGUCUAGACCUGAAGGAGCAGCAGACAGAGCAUCUAGACCUGAAGGAGCAGCAGACGGAGCGUCUAGACCUGAAGGAGCAGCAGACAGAGCAUCUAGACCUGAAGGAGCAGCAGACAGAGCGUCUAGACCUGAAGGAGCUGCAGACGGAGCGUCUAGACCUGAAGGAGCUGCAGACGGAGUGCCUAGACCUGAAGGGGCUGCAGACGGAGCGUCUAGACAUGGAGACGGAGCAGCAGCAGACGGAAUGUCUAGACACGAGAGUCAGUCUGCAGAGGAACUGUCUAAACCUGAAGAUGGAACAACAGACGGGUCCUGAGACGGAGAGUCUAGACAUGAUAGACAGUACACAGACAGAAUGUCUAGACAUGAAGGAGCAUCCAGACCUCGAGAGGGAACGGCAGACGGGCCCAGAGACGGAGUGUCUAGACAUGAGCGGCAGUCUGCAGAGGCGUCGUCUAGACAUUGAGACAGAGCAGAGGACGGUGCAUGAUAGGCCAGAGCGUCUAGAUAGGAGCGUCAGUACACAGACGCAGCGUCUAGACAUGGAGCGGAAGGGGACUGGGCAUGAUGGGCUGCAGUGUCUAGACGGGAACGUCAGUCUUCAGACGCAGCGUCUCCAGGUGGAGCGGGAGCGUCUAGACUUGGAGAGGCAGCGUCUAGACUUGGAGCGGGAGCGCUGGAGCGCGCAGAGGACGGUGCUGGCGCUACAGGAGCGCAAACUGAGGCUGCAGGUGAUGGCUCUGCAGAGACAGCUGGACUCCGCACGGUGACACCCCUGGGUGGGGCACCCUGGGGUGACGGGAGAGGCACCCAUGGGUGGGGAAUGACUCUCACCCAAUAGACGGUCAUUGUUUUCUGACCGCUGGGAUCACAGAGAGAUGACCUGGAGGUGGGGGGAAUUGACCCUUGCCCCCACAGACCCUGACCCUACUGACGGUCAGUAUUGGUCCUGACCCACCCUGACUGACCGCUGGUCACAUGGACAUGGCCAUCUCUCUCCCUCUGUAUCUGUCCCUCUCUCUCUCUCUCUCUCUGCCUCUGUCUUUGUCUCUGUCACUCUCUCUCUGUCUCUUUUUCUCUCUGUCUCUCAUUCUGUCUCUCUAUCUCACUCUCUCUCCGUCUCUCUGCCGUGAUCUUGCAGUACAUUUUCAAAAUACCGAGGAUGAAAAUAAACACAUUUAUGACGGGUA